AAGCCUUUGAGUCUUGUUCAGAAGUUUUUGAUUGACACGGAGCUUCUGUCCUGAAGGGACGGACGCUCCAAAGCCUUCUGACCCUGAAGGGAUGGACGCUCUGAAGCCUUCUGAUCCGUGUUAGUAGUUUGUAACAACUACUGUAUUUGUAACUUCUGUACGGUUCGACCACCCACUAAUUACUCCAGCAUUAUGCUCUUUUUCGUUGCAGUAACUUUAGAAGUUUGAUCUGCUCCCAAUUGCAAAACAGGAAACUGCUUUCCGGUUUCUGAUAUGGAAGAUAAGAGCCAGAAAGAGCACCAUAAAUAUGCUGCUGAUAUCGACUCCAUUUCGAAAGCACAAACGCUUAUUAGACCAUAUGUUAAUAUAACUCCGGUCUUAUCUUCGGAAACCCUGAACUUGAUUGCCGGAAAAAGUUUAUUUUUCAAGUGUGAAUGCUUUCAAAAGGGUGGAGCUUUUAAGUUUAGAGGUGCAUCGAAUGCUAUCUUUUCUCUCAACGACGAACAAGCAGCCAAAGGAGUUGUAACUCAUAGCAGUGGUAAUCAUGCUGCAGCACUGGCUUUAGCUGCAAAACUGCGAGGAAUUCCUGCGUAUAUCGUCAUACCGAAAAACGCUCCAAAAUGUAAAGUUGAAAACGUGAAACGUUAUGGAGGUCAAGUUAUAUGGAGCGAGGCUAAUAUGCAAUCCAGAGAGGAAACAGCGAACAAGGUCUUACACGAGACUGGUGCCACCCUUGUUCAUCCAUAUAACGAUGGCCGUAUCAUAAGUGGGCAGGGUACGUUAUCGCUCGAGUUUCUUGAUCAGGUGCCACACCUCGACACCCUAAUAGUUCCGAUAAGCGGCGGUGGUUUGAUAUCUGGUGUCGCGAUUGGAGCCAAGUCGAUCAAUCCGGCCAUACGGGUCUUGGCUGCCGAGCCAAAAGGAGCUGAUGAUGCUGCACAAUCAAAAGCAUCUGGUCGAAUCAUAACCUUGGCUCAGACCAACACCAUUGCGGACGGGCUUCGAGCUUCUCUUGGAGAUCUCACUUGGCCUGUUGUACGGGAUCUUGUUGACGACAUUAUAACUGUGGAAGAUAAAGAGAUCGUUGAAGCUAUGAGAUAUUGUUACGAGGUACUUAAGGUUGCAAUCGAGCCUAGUGGUGCUAUAGGUCUUGCUGCUGUUCUCUCGGAUAGUUUCAAGCGAAAUCCUGCUUCGAAGGAUACUCGUAACAUUGGGAUCGUGCUUUCAGGAGGUAAUGUAGAUCUUGGCGUUUUGUGGGAAUCACUGAAUAACCGAUAAUUUAUACCUUGUAUUGAACCAUGAGUCCUGGACCCCGAACCCUUUUGUUGUGAUUCACAAAUUUUCUCAAUGGUCAAAUCGAGUUUU